AUUGGAAUAGCUUUUCAAUCUCAUGGGAAUUGUAAAGGUUUUCACCAACAAUUGGACCUCAGAUGCUUCACUUAUCAUUCCAAUUAUGAGUUGCAUAAAGUAAAUGUCUAUGCAUCUCUAUCUUCCGGCCUUACUUACAAGAUGGACGACCAAGAGGAGAUGACCAAUCUUGAAGAAUCAUAAGUAGCAAUGAUGAACAUGAGCACAAUUGGAGGAGAAUGUUUGUCAUGUUAUGGACUCUUAUGGAGGGUGCAGUGGUACUGGUUGGUGGGUAGCGUUAAGGAGUUGCUACAAAUGAGGCUGGAGUUGAAGGUUGAAGGUUACAUUUGAGUGUUUAAAGGUUUGAUUUGGAAAAUAAAACAAAAAAGUUUAUAACGAGAAAUAAGUUUAUUGAUCUCGUGUGGUUAUAAAAUAAAUCGAAAUGAUGCAUUAAAAUCAUCAUAAUUUCUUCCUUAUGAAAGAAAAUAGUAAAUUUUUUGUUUUGUUUUGUUUGUUUUGUUUAUAAAAUUGCCAUAGGGAUAAAUGUUUUUGAGCUUACCGCGAUCAACAUAUAGGCGGAGACAACUGAACAACCAUUUGCAUUGAUGGAGGAAGCCUUUCUCUAACCAUAACUAAGACCACAUUUUUUGUUCUACGCCUUGAAUGGCUUAGGCACAUGCAGGAAGAACUCAAGCUCUCUCCAACAACGAUGACUUUAUUUGGGAAGAAAUGCCUACACCUAUACUUGAUAUGGUUGAGAACCCCAUUAACAUGAAAAAUUUGUCACCUAAGGUUGAAAAAUCAUGGAGCUGAAACAAUUAUCUGAUGAAAUCCGUGGAGAGCUCUCUCUUAUGGUUGCAAAAGGACAAAAAAUAGUAAAAGCUAGUCUAGCUGUGGUAGAAUUAACUGUUGCAAUCCAUUAUGUUUUUCAUGCGCCAAUGGACAAGAUAUUGUGGGAUAUUGGGGACCAAACGUAUGCACAUAAGUUACUCACUGGGAGGAGAUUCCUUAUGAGUACACUGGGACAAAAGAAUGGACUUUCUGGUUUCACAAGCCGUUCCGAGAGCGAGUUUGAUUCUUUUGGUGCAGCUCAUGGAUGCAACAGUAUAUCUGCUGGGCUUGGUUUGGCAGUUGCAAGAGAUAUUAAGGGAAAGCGUGAGCGUGUAGUUUCUGUUAUUAGCAAUGAAACAACUACUGCUGGUCAAGUUUAUGAGGCAAUGAGUAAUGCUGGUUACUUGGAUUCAAACAUGGUGGUAAUUUUGAAUGAUACUCGUCACUCUUUGCAUCCCAAGUCAGAUGAUCAUUCCAGGACACCAAUUACAGCCCUUUCUAGCUCCUGGAGCAAGGUGCAGUCUAGCAAAACUUUCCGAGAACUCAGAGAAGUUGCUAAAGGUCUUACUAAGAGAGUUGGAAAAGGAUUGUACGAGUGGGCUGCCAAAGUUGACGAGUAUGCUCGUGGUAUGCUGGGUCCUACGGGAUCAACUCUCUAUGAAGAGUUAGGACUGUAUUACAUAGGUCCGGUAGAUGGGCACAGUGUUGAAGAUCUUAUAUGUGUGCUACAAGAGGUAGCUUCUCUGGAUUCCAUGGGCCCUGUAUUGAUUCAUGUUAUGACAGAUGAAAACAUUGGGCAUCCUAAGAAAACUAGUGAAACAGUGAGAAAUCUUGAUAAAGAUUCAAGUGAUGUUAAUUCGGUGAUAGCUAGAAUUGGACCUCAAACUUACAACCACUACUUUAUAGAGGCUUUAUCAAUGGAGGCAGAGAUAGAUAACGAUAUAGUGGCUGUUCAUGCAGCAAUGAAAAUGGAACCUUCAAUUGAGUUGUUUCAGGAGAAAUUUUCAGAUAGGUUUUUUGAUGUUGGAAUGGCUGAGCAACAUGCAGUUACAUUUUCUGCUGGUUUAGCCUGCGGAGGAUUGAAACCAUUUUGCAUAAUUCCAUCUGCCUUCUUACAGAGAGCUUUUGACCAGGUUGUUCAUGAUGUUGAUAGACAGAAAGUUCCAGUGCGUUUUGCCAUCACAAAUGCAGGAUUAGUAGGAUCCAGUGGACCAGUGUGCUCUGGUUCAUUUGACGUAACUUUCAUGUCAUGCUUGCCCAACAUGAUUGUCAUGGCACCCUCUGAUGAGUUUGAACUUGCUCGUAUGGUUGCCACGGCAGCACAAAUUGAUGAUCAACCAGUGUGUUUUCGGUUUCCUAGUGGUUCUAACAUCGGUGUCGAUAACCUCAUGUGCAGAACGCCUAUAGAGAUUGGAAAGGGUAAAGUCCUUAUUGAAGGCAAAGAUGUUGCUUUACUAGGAUACGGAACCAUGGUUCAAAACUGCCGUAUGGCUCAAUCGCUCCUUUUAAAGCUUGGGAUAGAAAUCACCGUUGCUGAUGCGAGGUUUUGUAAGCCCCUCGACAUCAACCUUGUAAGAAAUCUUUGUGAAAAUCAUGCCUUUCUGAUUACUGUGGAGGAAGGAUCAAUCGGGGGAUUUGGGUCCCAUGUUUCCCAAUUCAUUGCACUUGAUGGGAAGCUUGAUGGCAGAGUUAAGUGGAGACCAAUGGUUUUGCCGGACACCUACAUAGAACACGCAUCUCCAACGGAGCAGUUUACUCGUGCAGGACUUACUAGUCAGCAUAUUGCUGCGACUGUACUAUCUUUACUUGGUCGAACCCGGGAGGCCCUUCUUUUGAUGUGCUGAAUACUGAAUACUGGUUGGUUUUUAUGUUCUAAAGGAACCACUCAAGUCUUCCAGGAAGUAACAAUUCAUCAUCAUUUACAUUGUGAUUUGUGAGCCAUGAAAUCACAAUGUUUUUAUGUUCAAAGUGGUUCAUUACACAAUCUUGUGUAUACCAAGGAAUUGCCCUUGCAUCUCAUCAACUUUAUUUUUUUUUUCUCUGUUCAAUGAUGAGAGUUGUGUGGUUUAAGUUCCAAUAUUAAUUAAAAGCUAAUCAAAACAAAUGAAUAAAUUUCUUUAAA